UGUUGCCCAUAUGAAGCUCUAGCACUAGAAGGGGAGAACAAAGGAAGCACAAAACAUACAGACUUGAAAACGUGACAUGGACUCAGACUCAGAUGCUCUCAGUACACCUGCCUCCUGGGUCCAGAUGGAGUCCUCUACAGUCUUUGAUUAUGAUAAAUCGAAUCUUCUAUGUGACAACAAUGUCAUCUUCUUUUCCAUCAUCUUCACCAUUGUCCUGUACUCUCUGGUAUUUCUCCUCAGCCUUGUGGGUAACAGCCUGGUUUUGUGGGUCUUGGUGAAGUAUGAGAAUCUAGAGUCACUCACCAAUGUCUUCAUCCUCAACCUGUGUCUCUCAGACCUCAUGUUCUCCUGCCUACUGCCCGUGUUGAUCUCAGCACAAUGGGGGUGGUUUCUAGGUGACUUCUUCUGCAAGUUCAUCAACAUGAUCUUCUGCAUCAGCCUCUACAGCAGCAUCUUCUUCCUUACCAUCAUGACAAUCCACCGAUACAUGUCUGUAGUGAGCCCUAUCUCCUCUCUGGGCAUCUAUACCCUCCGCUGCCGCAUGCUGGUGACCACAUCUGUGUGGGCAGCCAGUAUCCUGUUCUCCAUCCCUGAUACUGUCUUCCACAAAGUGAUUUCCUUAAAAUGUGACUUUUCUGAACGUCAUGGGUUGUUGGCCUCAGUCUACCAGCACAACAUCCUCUUCCUCCUCUCCAUGGGGAUAAUCCUGUUCUGCUAUGUACAGAUUCUCAGGACCUUGUUUCGCUCAAGAUCCAGACAGAGACACCGAACGGUCAGGCUCAUCUUCACCAUCGUGGUAGCAUACUUCCUCAGCUGGGCUCCUUACAACAUCGUUCUCUUCCUGAAAACUGAAGUCAUCCAGCUGAGCUGUGAGGGAAGGCAGCAGCUGGACUUUGCUAUGAUCAUCUGUCGCAAUUUGGCCUUCUCCCACUGCUGCUUCAAUCCAGUGCUUUAUGUCUUUGUUGGGGUCAAGUUCCGCAGACACCUAAAACGUCUCCUCCAGCAGGUCUGGCUGUGCCCAAAGACAUCCAAUCCUGUUCCAUUCUCCUACUCCCCUGGUACCUUUACAUAUGAGGGCCCCUCUUUCUACUGAGAAGAGAGGAUGGGCACAUGGAGAUGACUAGGUGAGCUGAAGGAAGACAAGAAGAAGUGAAUCAGGAAGGAAAAUAUAACAGUGGAGAUACCAGCAUUGACUACAGAGGUGUGGAGGAAAGACAUGAUAGCUCUGGGAAAGUGGCUUCCAGCUGGGCAAUUCAAAGCAACACUUCCUGAUGAAGCAACACUUCAUCAUUCAUUCUUUUACUCAGACAUAGAUUGCUUAUCAGUGAUUGGUCAAAAGAUCCUAAAUGGAAGGAUUUCUGGACUUGAAGUUAAUAGUAUGUGCUAACUUUGAAGUCAGGUUGCUGGCACAUAGGGUUGUCCCAAACUAUUUUUUUUCCACCUUGGUGAUUGCUGACUCUGUGGUUCUUAGCAGCUACUGAAGAAAACAGUCUCUUCAGGACAAGAAUAAUCACAUCUUCAAAUAAGUACAGUCACAAUGAAGUCUAGACCAUAAAAUCCCACUAAAAUGAAGAUAGUACUGUAUUCCGGCAACAGCUGCUAACACAUAAACUGGCUUUUAAACAUUUAUCUCAUAACUGAAGGAAUGAAUGCAAAAUGUGUUACUGUCUACACUAAGUAAUUAUUUGGACAAUACAAAGAAGAAUAAGAUAUUGUUGCUAACUUCCAGUUGACACCAAUCCAUCCAAGAAGAUCCAGAUAAAAAAGUCUACUUAACAGAGGCAUUCAAGUUGAAUAUUCCUCUGUCAUUUCAUCUCUUCCAAAUUGAGAAAGAUUAUUUCCUUCCAUCUGGAUAAUAGUACCAGCUUCCCCCUUUUAACCAAGUACUGCAUUCCCUUUCCCUAAGUUCACAGAGCCAGGUCCUGUGGAUGCUGCGUUUCCAGGAUCUCUCCAGCUUAUUCUCAUGAUCACAUACCCGUGACUUCACCUCUACAAUGCUCUCUAUUCCACAGUGUCUUCCUUUUGCUUCUUUUUUUCCUCUGUUCCUUCUCCAGGAAGCUGCAUGCCUGAGAUUUUUCUUUUAUUUACAGCUUCUCUGUCUGGAGUUUUUCUUUGAAGCUUUAAUAAAUUGUCCUCAAGCUUCUUUCUGAGUUACUUCUUAAAUUCUUUUAUUAAUGAAACUAAUAACCCAAAAAGAGGACCCAGAUUUCCCUGGUAAUAUAAGGUGACUCCAUCAGGAUGCUCCAGAAUUUCAGAUAACAUUAUUACCUUUGGGAAGUUUAGACUGUUAUGUCUGCAUCCAGGGCCAGAGACAGAACUCAAAUCCUGUUCUUUCAACCAAAAAUAAAUAAAAACAUAUAACAGUAGAUUUUGAAGAAUUAAUGAAAAAGUUAAAAGCCAUAAAACAGCUAUGGUUUACCCAGAAGAAGUAACUUUCAAGUGGAUAGAGAGAUGGCUCAGCAGUUAAGAGCACUGCUAUUCCUCCAGAGGGCCUAAGUUCAGUUCCCUAAGCCCACAUGGUAGCUCACAACCAUUUUUAACUCCAGUUCCACGGGAAUCCAUUGCCCUCUUCUGGCCUCCUUUCCUUUGUAAACAAAGAUGAACAUUUCAUAUAUCUGACAAUGUGCUGGUUAGAGAUGCCUCAGGAACCUUCUACUUCAUCCUACCUUAUAUCCUGUCCAUUAGCCAGGUGAACUUGGAAUUCCUUUAUGUCUCCAAGACUCAAUCUCAUCUUUGAAGAGCAGAAAUCUCUAUAGCACAGACCUGUGUUGAGUUUUAAACGUGAUGCUCUAUAGGUUUUUGGUUUUGGUUAGGGUGUGACAUACUAGGUUUUAAAUAUAUACAACCAUCUACUGCACAAUAUUUUGGUCAAAGUUGGAUCACAUAUGACUGUGGUCCCUUAAGACUAAAUCAUCUAGUGAUGUCAUAGUCAUCUUAAUUUGUCUAACUAUACCCCAGAUGAAUUGUCUAAGAAAUUCUCAAAAAUGCAUCAUUAUCCUUAAAUAACUCAUGAUUGUUGGAGGCCUGUCUUCCUCUUUUCUGUAAACUUAUUUGGGGUCUAGGUUUCAACAAGGGUAUUUGAAAUCUUUCUUAUAGGAACAGGACUGAGGAUGAGGGUUCAGAGACAACAGAGUCAUGUGACUAAUCCUGGUAAAUCAGACUCUGGAGACCAGCAUCAGGGUGUAGAUCUGAGUUUAUUGCCCAGCACAUUAGCUUAUAGAGAGUGUUUGAGCAAUCCCAAGCCUCUAAAUCCUUGGCCAGUCAUAGCUCACCACAUCUCAGCUCCAAUAAAAGCUGAGAUUGAGGAGGUAACUCAGAGAGGGGUUGGGGGAAGCAUCAUCACCUAUUGGGACGUCCAUGAACACUCAGAAGCAACCGCACUGUCCUGGCCUUAGUUCCUUUUUGCUUUCUUACUGGUGUUCUGGAGCCAUCUUAGAUCUAAUGCUAUGUACGGUAGAUCAGGACUCUUCAAGUUGUCACAGGAGCCUGUGGCGCUGUGUGCUCUCCAUCCCACAUUUUUUCUUCACAAGGUUGUCUUCCACAUCCCCCACACUCUCAUCCUUAAACACCCCAAAGCUGUUCAGACUGUGGUAAGAGCAAGUUUUUCUUAGUUCACUAUAUUGAUCAAUCUUCAUUUCUGAUGUCACUUCCUCCCACUUCUCCCCUUUUUUGUUUUCCUUUGUUAACAGAAAAGGGAAUCAUUUCUGUUCACGAGGUUCCUUUUUAUCCCCAUCUACAAACUGCCAACUCCAUCAAGUUAAUGUUGUCUCGUAUACCUCUAGUAUAAAAUAUGAAAUUAACUAAAAAGAUUUAUUUUUCCUUCCUGUAUGAAUAUAUCCUGAAAACCUGGAAUGCUUUAGUCUGGCAGAUGCCACUAUUUUGCAAAAGUACACAGGCAUUUCUAGCUAAAAUGGCAAAAAGUAAGGCAGAGUGAGAGGCCAGUCAGAGUUAAGGAGCAGAACCUAAUCACGGGCUGACAUUCCUACGUACUGUCCCAUUUCUUUAGCAUGUUCAUCGAUACUGGACUCGGAAUGCAGUGUUCUUUCAUCUAGCUUUAGGGUGCUUUGCAACUCAGCAACAAGGAAACACAGGGCUGAGGAAGCUAAACAUGAUAAGUAGUUCAUUAGCACAUAUUUUCAAACACUGAUUUUUAAUUCUUUGUUAAUGAGGGGAAUCAAAAACUGAGAACUUAGGUCCAGCAAUACACACUAAGUUCAGUUUUUUAGUUAGAUAAAUAAAA